AUGAAGGCUCCCCGGCUAGUUCUCUGUGUCCUCUUGGUCGGUGUCCUCUGCUCCAAAGUGCAGGCUGCCACACACGGCAGUAACAUCCCCCGGUACUGCUGUGAGACGUACAGCCCUCGGCCCAUCGCCUGGAAGUUGGUACAGACCUUUGAAGUGACCAAGAGCAGCUGCUCCCUCUCCGCUGUCAUAUUCACCACCAAAAGAGGACAGAAAGUCUGUGCUGAUCCCAAAGCAAAAUGGACUCAGAGAUACGUGGCUUCCCUGAAAUCCCAGAAGCAGCUCAGCAGCCCCAGUGGAGCCGGAGACCCAUUGCCAGAGAUAGGCCUGAAGCGUUUGGGUCCGAGACAAGAAGAGAGGAAACUUGUCCAGCAGGUCUUUGACUCUACAGAGGCUGCCUCAGAGGUCCUCCUUCUGGGACUAAAGUUGUAA